AGGGUGGUGGUUGGAGGCGAGGUGGGGGCGGUCGUUUGUUUUCUCGUGGUCUCGAACUCGCGCGCUCUCUUCCCCUCCUCCCGGCGUGCAGCGGGGAGGAGAAACGGCGGCGGCGGCGGCAGCAACAGCAGUGGCUGUAGCAUCGGAUACCCCUCUUUCCUUUCUCGUGAACCGGUUCCUCUUCCCUUUCCCUCUCACUGUUUGUUGUGUGUUUGAUGUGUUAAAGCAGGAGCGAGAACUCGAGCAGCGCCAUGAGCAACACUACCGUCGUCCCCAGCACUGCGGGCCCGGGCCCCAGCGGCGGGCCGGGUGGCGGAGGUGGCGGCGGAGGCGGUGGCACCGAGGUAAUCCAGGUGACUAAUGUCUCCCCGAGCGCUAGCUCUGAGCAGAUGCGGACUCUCUUCGGUUUCCUAGGCAAGAUCGACGAACUGCGCCUCUUCCCGCCGGAUGAUUCACCUUUGCCAGUCUCAUCUCGUGUCUGCUUUGUUAAGUUCCAUGAUCCGGACUCAGCAGUUGUGGCACAGCAUCUGACAAAUACUGUAUUCGUUGACAGAGCUUUGAUAGUCGUACCAUAUGCAGAAGUGAAGCAGCCGACACGAGUCGUUGUUCAUAAAACAGCUUUUGAAAGUUGAGAGCACACCCCUGGAGAACCGACUGUGCUUGCUUACGUUUGGUUCAUGACUUAAAAAUCGAGUACAGGAGUUAUUCCUGAUGAGACUAAGGCUUUGUCUCUGUUGGCACCAGCAAAUGCAGUGGCAGGUCUUCUGCCUGGUGGUGGACUCCUGCCUACACCUAACCCACUUACCCAGAUUGGCGCUGUUCCAUUGGCUGCUUUGGGAGCUCCUACUCUUGAUCCUGCCCUUGCUGCACUUGGGCUUCCUGGAGCAAACUUGAACUCUCAGUCUCUUGCCGCAGAUCAGUUGCUGAAGCUUAUGAGCACUGUUGAUCCCAAGUUGAAUCAUGUAGCUGCUGGUCUGGUUUCACCAAAUCUGAAAUCAGAUACCUCUAGUAAAGAAAUAGAGGAAGCUAUGAAAAGAGUACGUGAAGCACAGUCCUUGAUUUCUGCUGCUAUUGAACCAGAUAAGAAAGAAGAAAAAAGAAGGCAUUCAAGAUCAAGAUCACGUUCUAGGAGGAGGCGGACUCCCUCAUCUUCUAGACACAGGCGAUCAAGAAGCAGGUCAAGGAGACGAUCACAUUCUAAGUCAAGGAGUAGACGACGAUCCAAAAGUCCACGACGGAGAAGAUCUCAUUCCAGAGAAAGAGGUAGAAGGUCAAGAAGCACAUCAAAAACCAGAGAUAAAAAGAAGGAAGACAAAGAAAAGAAACGUUCCAAAACACCACCAAAAAGUUACAGCACAGCCAGACGUUCGAGAAGUGCAAGCAGUUUGCACGUUUGUGUUUCUAGAGAGAGACGACGAAGAAGAAGCAGGAGUGGAACAAGAUCUCCUAAAAAGCCUAGGUCUCCUAAAAGAAAAUUAUCUCGCUCACCAUCCCCUAGGAGACAUAAAAAGGAGAAGAAGAAAGAUAAAGACAAAGAAAGAAGCAGAGAUGAACGGGAACGAUCAACAAGCAAAAAGAAAAAGAGUAAAGAUAAGGAGAAGGACCGGGAAAGAAAAUCAGAGAGUGAUAAAGAUGUAAAACAGGUUACACGGGAUUACGAUGAAGAGGAACAGGGGUAUGACAGCGAGAAAGAGAAAAAAGAGGAGAAGAAACCAACAGAAACAGGUUCCCCUAAAACAAAGGAAUGUUCUGUAGAAAAGGGAACCGGUGAUUCACUAAGAGAAUCCAAAGUGAAUGGGGACGAUCAUCAUGAAGAAGACAUGGAUAUGAGUGACUGAGUACUGCCUCUGUGGGAGUCCAACUGUAUACAUGCAUCAGUGUCAUUCCUUUGUGUGAUUUAUUAUUGCUGUAUUUGUUCAUCUCAAUCCUAGAUGUAUACAGCUGAGUUAUAAAUGGUUAUAAAGCUCCUGAUAUUGAUAUUAGUUAUUUACAUCAAAAAGCUUUUAGAAAAUGGUACAUGGGUAACCAGCUCUUGUCGUGGUGAAAUCUGAUUGAGUAACCAAGCAGUUUUACUAUUCUGGUGCUGCUUCAUAACAAAAGUGAAAAGCUGCAUGCAUCUACAGCAGGCAUGGAUUGUUUAUGUUGUAUGAUCUCCUUUAUUACGUAAGUUCACUUAUAGUAUUUCUAGAAUUUGAUUCAUUGCCAUAAUAGAGCCAUGUAGGGAAUGCACUGAUUGCAUGUUAUUGUGGCAAGAAUAUCCUAAAUGUCAUUAAAAUCCUCCAACAUGAUGGAUCUACUUAUGGUCUUGUUUGUUGACAUGACAAAUUAACAUUCUUAGAGUUACAUCUGGAAAUGAGCAUUUGAAAUAGAUAAUCCUGUAAGCCUUGUGGCUCAAUUUUUGUGGCUUUUGUUUAACUUUUGAAAGGUUAUAUAUGCACUAACCUUUUUUGAUGGCUAAUUAGGCUUUAAUUACAGAAACAACAUUUCAAAUAAAACUGUCUUUGGCGGUGAGUAAAUAGCAACAUUUUGAAGUAGAGUUGUGUACUUUUUCAUGGGUGUUUGGGAAUUUUUUUCCUAACGUAAUUUAUUCCAUAUCUACAUCAGUGAAAGUUAUCCGCCUAUCCUGAGUCCAUCUGUAAAAGAAAGUUGUAUCUUGUCCUGAUUUUCAAUUUUUCUUUUUGUUUUAAGCUCACUUAUGGAAAAAAGGGGUAGUGCAUUUUAAAUUGACCUUCGAUGCUUUUAAAAUAAGAUAGGUCUACUUGAUAAUGUACUUUUAUUUGAUCUCAAGUUGUACAAAACCAAGAAAUUUUGUGUUACUAUUACUAUAGUAGUAAUCUUAAUGCACACAGUGAUUCCAUGUUAUAUGCAAAGUAGUUAGGCAACUGUUUUCUUAGUUACAGGAGUUUCGGGCUUCACUUUUGUGCAGUAAAAACAAAAGUAGGCUACAGUCUGUGCCAUGUUGAUGUACAGUUUCUGAAAUUGUUUUACAAGACUUUGAUAAUAAAACCCUUAAACUUA